UGAUUGAUGGGCGGCCUGUGCCGGGCUGGCCCCGGGUGCUGUUGUUUAUAAAGGGGCUGCGGGCGGAGCCGCGGACUCAGUGCGGGCGGAGCGCAAGCUGGAGAACUUGUGUGCGGGAGGCAGUGAACAUGCAGUGUCCCGCGGGGCCGAGGCUCAUCGUGCCGGGGCUGCAGCAGCCGGGCAGCCGGCGCUACAAGACCUUCAUGAUCGAGGAGAUCCUGUGGAGGGAGAGCGGCUCGCUGGUCCGCCCGCUGCCGCUGCCGCUGCGCUCCUGUGCCGGGUCAGCAUUGAGCUCAUACCCAUCGUUGGCUUUGACACAGCUGUCUCCAGUUCCCACUACAAGGAUUCCACAUUUUCUGUCCUCCAGUACCACUGGCUUAUUAGCUCUGGAGAGUGCCAGCAGCGAGAGCAACAGUGACCGGGCUGUCCCUCGGUUUAAGAAGCCCCGGAGAUGCCGCACCAUUUUCACCGAACUGCAGCUCAUGGGUCUGGAGAAGAAGUUCCAGAAACAGAAAUACCUCUCUACUCCGGACAGAUUGGACUUGGCACAGUCACUGGGAUUAACUCAGCUCCAAGUGAAAACCUGGUACCAGAACCGAAGGAUGAAGUGGAAGAAGGUGGUGCUGAGAGGAGGGCAGGAGGCUCCGACCAAACCCAAGGGGAGGCCAAAGAAAAACUCCAUCCCCACAACAGAGGAGGUGGAGGCUGAGGAAGAGGCCAGGUCAGCACAGGAGCAGCAACCAUGCCUAACCUGAGGGACGAGGAUCAGACAACGUUCUUUCACUCUGCGAGUGCCCUGGCACCGUGGGCACUGGCUGCAGUGGUGGCGAGGGAAUGCAGGAGUACCAGCCUGCUGCCCGCAUAUCACAGCAUGUAAAUAAUGACCUUAAUUUAAUGCGAGCUGGGAACCAAUGCUCUGUGUAUAAGGGAGAUUUAAAUAAAAUAUUGUGUAUUAUU